UUGCUGAGCUAGGAGUAAAGUAGUCUGCCAUUAUGCCGGCUGGACCAUUAACUAAAUAAAUGUUGUGUCAGGAAGCUGUUUAAGUGAUAUUUUCGCUUAUGUUAAAUUAGUAUAUUUUUAGGAAUUUUAUAUGUUGACAUCUGUGUUAUACAGAAGAUAUAUCUGCAAAUAAAUAGUGACUUGAGGUGACUCAGCAAUGAGUGGCAGUACACACACCCGAGUUCUCUGACGGACUGAACCUAUGAGGGAGUUGUAUGCAGACCAAGUAUAUGUGUGGUUAGCUUCAGGUGACAAGGGUGAUGGUGAGUGGCGCGACAUGGAGCUUAUCUGGAUCGUGAGAGUGCGGCGACAGUGGCAGGAGACUGUGUGUGCGAACAGGCGCGAGAGGAAGUACAGAAACAUGGAUGAAAACUUGAAUGACUCUGACAUUCUCAAAAAAACUGACAGCAUUCAAGUGAGCAGCCAAGUCGAUGAGACAAGUCCUGAAACGGUCAGCAAUUCAAAGUCCUUCCCGGAGACAGAAUUGGAAGAGAGAGCACAGCCCACAAAACAAGCGAAAGAUGACAGUGAAAGUGGUUUAGAUUUGCAAGAGCGUGCGGAUGUAGUGAUGACGGAGGACAAGGAAGGUGCUUGCUCCAACAGUACGCACUGCAGUAUCGAGAGGCCAAAAAAAGAAAAGAACUUGUCCAAAACAGAUAGUGUUUUUAUACUGUCAUCAGAUGAUGAAAAAGAAGCAGGAGAUUCCACCAAAGAAAGUGACAGACCAAUUACAGAGUCUGAAGUGGACAUGUUUUCCAGUCAUCUGAAUGACACUCAGGUCCAAAUGCAGUCUGAAUCCAUGGAUUAUGGAGAUAUGAUUCCAUCUUCACAGGAAGAUAGUGCUGAAGAUGUAUCCAGUGCACACAUUUCAAAUAAAAGGUUGGAUGACGGCACAAGCAGAAUACCUCAGGGCAAGAGAAAGCUGGAGAAUGUAGAUGAGCCUGAAUGUAAGAUGUUGUGUGUAGAGAAGCACCCGUCGCCAAACGAGCAACGCACACCUGCACAAUUUCCCAAGUCUGAUGUUACCUCUCAUAGAAAGGAAGCAGAUUCCAAUACUGAUUUUGAACCUGCAAUAAGAAAAAACUCUAAAGUAAUUGAAGAGUCUGAAAGUGAAGAUGAUAUGAGUGACAGAAAAGAUGAUAGUAAAAAUUUUAGUGAAGACAUGGAAACUAUAGAAAAAGAUAAAACUAUGAAGAAAAGUUAUAAAAUUCAUUUACUUCAUGAAAUUAAUGCAGAGAAAGGCAAUACAAGAGAUGAAAAAAUUUCACUUAAUGUUGCUGAUGAUAAAACAGGAUUAACAAAUGUUGAUAAUCAAGCUAUCAGUGCUGUGAAUAAUGUUUCAGGAGCAGAAAUUGCUGGAGAAGGUAGUUUGAGUGGCAAAACCCUAAGUAAUACUCAGAUGUUGAAUACAAAUAAAUGUGAGAGUAAACAAUUUCAGCUUAAUUUUGAUCCCAAAACCAAAAUUAAUAGUGAUUCACCAUCAUUGCUUGGUGAUGCAAAAUUGGAUACAUCGGAAACAUAUGAUGAUACACAAGAUAUUUUGGAAUUUAAUAAUAAAAUAUCUAAUGUGGCAGAUAUGGACAGCACAGAGUUGGACAAUUCUCCAGUAAUGACUGAAUCUGAUAUGUUUGCACCUGAUGAGGUAAUGGAAACAGAUGUUUCGGAACAUGGGAGAUCUAGUGCUUCAGUAGCAGAUACUGUUGUGCAAACAGAUAUGGCACAGUCAGAGAGCAAAGGAAAAUCAAACACAGAUGACUGUGUUGAAACUGAAAUGCCAAAGUUAAAUCUUGGUACAAAAUCUGUUUCACUUUCACAAAAUGUGGAAUUAGAUGUUUUAGAGCUUGAUAAUAAAUGUAAUGUACUAAACUUAAAUGAAGUCACUUUGUCAAAAUCACAUGUGUGUGCAGAUAGUACAUCAAAGUCAGAAGAUACAUCAGAAGGUUCAAAAACUUCACAGUUAAAUGCUGUAAUAUCAGAAGCAUUAAAGGUGGAAAAAGGGAUAUCAGAAACAUCCAAAGAAGAUGAUGUGACAUCAGAAGCAUUCAAGUUGUGUGAUGCAUUGCCUAAAGCCAUUAAGACGGAUAAUAAAACAGAAGUUACCCAGCCUGAAGGCGUGAUACCUAAAGUUUCCAAGUAUAAUGUGUCAAAGUCGGAGUUUGAAGGAUCACAGUCAAAAGAUACAAUAUUGGAAUAUUCCAAGUCAGUUCUAGUAUCAGAAGCUUCCAAGCUAGAAGAUGACACAGGACCAACCAAGUUGGAGACUGUGGUGUUAUAUUCGUCCAAAUCAGAUGACAUAUCAAAUUCAGGCAAGUCUGAGAAUGUACCAGAUACAGGCAGCUCGGAAAGUGCAUCAGGUGAAGGCAAGUCAGAUGUAUCUUCUUCAGAUGAUACUGUAAUAACACAUUCAUCACAGUCUAGUGAUAUGAGACCUUGUGAUCAAAAGUCAGAUCAUAUAAAUUAUGCUGAUAUUACUAAGUCAGAUUUAGAAAAAACAGCUUUCAAAAACUCUGACAAAUUAGGAACUGAUUUGCUAAAUUCGAGUGAGUUAAAAUCUAAAUUAUCUGAGUUAAAUGAGGUAAGUUCUGAUAGUAGUGCAAAAUAUAAUACUGUAAAGCUAGAUAAUGCAAAAAAUUUGAAAUUAUCUGAAUCUAGUCUACUUGUUGAAGAGGUUACAGUUGAGCCAGAAGUUGUAGCACAAAAAUCAAAAAAAUACCUAGAAGACAAACGUGUUUUUAGUGAAAAGUAUUCAUCAAGUCCAAUUAAACACGUGGAAGUUAACUUUGUACAUCCAAAAACAACACCUAGCAAAUCUAGUAAAUAUCUAGGACGGGUAAUAGAGGAUGAUGAAUUUGAUGCUGAUGGUAGUCGAAAAUCUAAUGAUCUUGAUGUGAGUGAUUCUCAGGAUUUAACUCUCUGCAUAUCUCUGUCACCAAAUACAUCCACCCAAAGUGCAGACGAUGUGCAACUAGAAAAAAGAUCCUUGAAAUCACAAUACAGCCAACACGAUAAAGAGAUGGAUAUUGUCGAAGUCAGUCCUGAAACCUUGAAGGAAAGGAAGAGCGAGGAGCAAAAUUCAAAACUGCCAACAUUUGAGAAAGCAAGUAGUGAUAGCAUCUUGUCUAAUGGGUUUGCUGACACUCAUGAGGUCAUGGUUUGCUGUUCAAGUGACAACAAAAUAAGUGAUUUGGAUAGUACAGCUAGCCGUAAUAGUAUCGUCAUCAUACGUGAGAGGGACAACUGUCCAGUUAGGAAGAAAGAGGACACCUCGACUAGUCCAGUGAAAAGAAAACGACUGAAUGAUAAUUCAGAUGUCAUUGAGUUAGUUGACAUCACAGAGACCCCACCUCAGCCUGAAGAUACGCACCAUAAAAAGAAACUUCGAACAUUGGAAAAUGAAGAAAAAAUGUCCUUUACUUCACCAGAACUUAGCAUAAUGGAAACUAACACUUCUUCCAUUGAUGUUGCAGAAAGUUCUUUUGAAAAUGAGGCUAUUUCACUCAGUGGAAAGGCAGCUGCUCUGAAAGAUGAUACUACAAUAAUGUACAGAAAAGAAGAUAUUACUUGUAAAAUGAAGAUUGUGUACAAAAAGCAUACAAAAGAAGUUUUAUCUGCAACUGUUGUGCAGUGUGAAUUAAAAGGUGACCAAUUCCGUGUCCCAAGAAGAUCUUCAGACCUGAGCCCUGGUUACAUGGCUGACAGCGAUGGCAAAACUUCCCCUGGUAGUGUAACAAGCACUGGUCCAUACGCACUGAUCCCAAAGCAGAUGUCUCGGUUUUCAACAGUGUCUUCGAGCUCUUCUGGAUCCAAUUUUGGUUCAUUUAAUGGUAAUGGAGAACCACCGAAGGAUUGUAAUACUUUCAAACUACCUCCAGUUGAAAAAAUGAAAGAAAGAUAUCUGUUUAGGGACGAUAACUUGGAAAAAAAUGGUCACCAGAUAUUUUCAACACCUGGUUCUCUCACUAGAAAUUAUAAUUUAAUGAUUCAGAUUUUAGACCAAAUUGCAGUAGUGGACAAUUUUAAUAUUUCAGAUAGUGGAUAUAAUGAAGAUUACGAAUCAAAGAAAUCUGGAUCAAAUUUUACUGACACAAAUGGACACUCAAAAACAGAACGUGAUGUGAAACCAUUUGCUGCAGAAAAUGGCACACCAAAAUCAACUAGGAAAUCACAGGUGCGCGUAGCCAAGCAGAGUGUUUCAAAAGUGAAAGUGAUAUCGGACAGCAAAGAAGAGAAAAGCCCAAGUGUUGUGGACUCUGGAGAGAAACCAGUUGAUUCUGACUUGGCUGCGAGGUCACCUCAAGUGGGGCGUAGCGGUCGCAGAGCAAGAAACAACCUUGAUUUAGAGGCCAGGAGGUCACCGGCCCAAAGUGCCACCCGCUCCAAGACUCCAGGAUCUUCUGACAGGAAGGCUGCCCACUCCGGGACAGGCCGGAGAAAGACAGGCUCGGAGAAAGGAUCGUUGGAAACUCAGGCUGUAGAAAACCCAAAGAUGCCAGAAGUGUACGAGAAGCCUUCGAGGCCAGAAACUCCUAAGAAAGAUAGUGUUUCCAGCGAGCCAAGGACACCAGAAGCAAUAGAUGGAGUCCGAGGUGAUCAAAUAGAAUCUGGUGCUUCUGUGUUUGCUCGUUGGACUGACAGGAAGUAUUAUUCAGGAAAAGUUAAAAAUAAAGUUCAGCGAGAUAAAUGGCUUGUUGAAUUUGAUGAUGGUAAUUCAAAACCACUCAUUCAAGACUUCAUCAUUGUUUGCACUGAGCUGAACCGAGGUCAGUCAGUCUAUGCAAUGAACAGACAUGGAGAAUUUCUCUCAGGUGUCAUCAAGGAUUUCAAAUUAAGUAAAGGUGAGGUUGUUUACGGCGUGGAGUUGGACGACACAGAAGAACAAUUAUUCGUGCCACGCUCCAAGAUCUCGUUGUCGGAAGAUCAAGCCAGCUUGUUGCGCGAGUCUGUGUAUGAUACAAGCUUCACGUGUCUCACACCCAAGAGUUUGUCAGCAGUAACUUUAGACAAUCUUGUAGAAGGGAAGCGAGUGCGCAAGUUACAAGCUCACUUGGAGCGCCCACAAACAUCAGGCACAUUGAGCAACUUAAAACCAAGAAGAGCACGUUCCGAUGCCAGUUCGUUGAGUGAUGCUGGAGACAAAGCAUCCUCUGCGUCAGAAUUUGUUGAAGGUGUGGAUCCAGAGAGUUACCCGUCUGUGGAGCUGGUUGUGACCAAAGGAAAAAGGAAAAGUAAACCUAAGGUGUCUGAAGAUCCUGAUAUUGUAUCUCUAUUGGGCCCUAUCCCGCCAGAGGGCAGCAACAUCUUUGCUGCAGGAUGCUUCCUGCUGACUUGCUCAGACAUUGACUACCAUGUUCACACCGCAGCCAAGAGAAGAACUCCAACUGGCAAGAAAGGCAAGAAAAUGAGCAGCGAUGAAUAUUCAGAGUUGUCUUCAUCUUCUGAUACCAAUGUGAGUGCAACACCGUUUGACAAAAAUCGUCUCACCAAACAGUUGACAGCUGGUGGGGGUGUAGUUUAUGAGAAUUUCAGUGAUGUUCCCGAGAAUAAGUAUACUAGCUGCAAGCUUAUUGCCAAUAAAACUCAGCAGACGGCCAAAUACUUGCUCUGCUUGGCGCACAACAUCCCAAUUGUUCAGCACAAAUGGGUCAUCGAAUCUGUCAAACAGGGUUCUAUGGAGGAGUGUAGUGGGUACUACUUGCAUGCUGGAUGGUCUCUUGAAGAUGGCAUGUAUAAAGAGUGGAAGAUCUCUCCACGAACAUCGAGGAAGCCUUUGCAGGACCUUUCUGUCUACAUUGUAAAUGAAGCUGGAAUAUUUUUUAAAUUCUGGAACAGAAUACUUACUGCAUUGGGAGCAAGUGCAACACACCUAGUAGAUUGUCAAGAUCUAGCAUCCAAACCAGACGUGAUUUUAACAGAUUUGUCCUGCCUUCAAGAAGUUAUACAGAAGGCAGAACUUUAUAAAAUCCCUUUGGUGUCGACCACGUGGGUUGUGCAGUGUUUGAUAAACUGGCGACGUUGUGGCUACAAUGCCCAUGUCAAGUAUCGUUACAAUGCGCCAGAUUGAUGUCGGCAGUUAUUGUAGGACAGCAGACUCAUGAAGUGAUGGACAUAAUCAAGACAAAGUACAAUUUCAUAUUUCAUACAGUACUGAAUACAUGUUGUAGUAAUGUGAGUCAUUUAUCUAAAUCACUUCCGAAUGUUUUUUUUUCUUUUGUUUCUUCUUUGUGUAUGUCAUGUAACUUUAUUGCUGUGAUGUGCAAGUUUUUAAGCCGUAAAAUUUUCUUAUUUUGUACUUCGGCUAAAUGUUCAUGUAGACUUAUUUGCUGAAUGUGAUUUUGUAAACAUUUCUCACAUUGUCAUGUGCAAAAAAUGUUUUUUAUCCUGGUGUAUCAGAGCAUAUUGCAUUCAUGAAAAAUAGUUAUUUCUGCAGCUCGCAGUGGAUUAAAUUGGAAUAUGACAAUAAAUCCAUACCCCAAGAGUAAGACAUCUCAAUUAAAAUAAUUGCAGUGUGUAACAAGAUAUCAUUAGCCCUUUAGUUAGAAUUACUUAUUAUAUUUUAUUGGCACUGCGUAUUUUUCCAUAUUAUGUUAGCAUUCAUUUUCUCUUGUGUUGUUUCUGCAUACAGUAGCCUCUACGUUUAAUUUAUUAUUGUGUAAAGAGCCUUUGAAUAUUUUCUACAAAUGCAUCCCAGAAGUAGUUGUGGCACUUUUAGUUCAGCUUCAGCAUCUCCAUGUGUGUUUGCAACUCUUAAAAUUUUAUAUUGUAGUGACAACAGUUAGCUGGCAUUGAAUGCUAAUCGGACAAGUAGUGGGAAUACUAGUUGUAGUACACGCUGACUUGGAAAACUGACAUAUUUCAUAAUUAGUACAUUGACUGAUACUUGUGUUAAUAUUGACUUGUUUUUCACAUUUCUUGUCAUUAUCAUUUAAGGGCUAUUCAUAUACAUUUAUCACAAUAGGUAUAAAGAAUAUUAUGUUAUAACUCUCUUUCAUUUCAUGUUCAUUUCUCUUUUGCAUUUUGUUUUUUAUCCAAAAUUUUGCUACCAGAUAUUUACUAAGUGUUAUUCUGUUAUAUUAAAUGUGAAUGAAUUGAUAAUGUAUAUAUAAGAAAGUAAUAAUUUUUUUUUGUACUUUAAUUCCUUUUUUUUUUAAACCAUAAUAGUAAUGAUUGGUCCUAUCAAAAAUACUUUUAGACAAAUGUUUUAAAUAAUAUUUUGAAGAUUAACAAUAAAUCUGAAUGGCUUUGAUAGUGUGUCUACUAAGGGAGGUAUGAAUAGUUUGGUCCUUCAACCCCUGUUUUUCCCUACCCUUGCCCCCUUGCUUGUUGUAUAAAAAAUUUAUUUUGACAAAUUUGAGAUAUAAUACCUUGAAAUGGAUGCAAUAUUUUCAUAUUAAUAGUGUUAUAGUAAUUUUUUGUCUGUCAAAAAAUUAUAUUCCUGCCCCUUUUAUCAGAUUUUCCCCAUUAAAUAUCUCAAAUGAUA